AUGCCGAAAUCCCAGGAGCCAAAAGCAUUGGUUGAAGAUGAAGAUGAAAAUGAAAAUGAUGAAAAUGAUAAAAGAGUUACACGCCAAGUUGAUCUCACACUCAUUCCUUGGCUAUGUCUCAUCUAUCUUUUCGCCUUCCUCGACCGCUCCAACAUUGGCAAUGCCAAAGUCGAUGGGCUCUCCCGAUCAAUGCAUCUCUCUACAAAAAGAUUCAAUGCCACGUUGACGAUAUUUUUCGUUUCAUAUUCUAUCUUCGAGCCCCUUUCCAAUAUAUUCUUGAAGCGUUUUAGUCCCCCAAUUUUCAUCUCAAGCAUCAUGAUAAUUUGGGGUCUAUGCAUGACCUUCAUGGGGUUUGCAAAGAACUGGUCUGGGCUGAUGGCCGCAAGGUGGUUUCUAGGCCUAUCCGAAGCUGGCCUUUUCCCUGGAAUUGCAUUUUAUCUUUCUUGUUGGUACACGCGCUCGGAAAUCGGAAUCCGCACGGCGAUUUUCUUCUCCUCGGCAGCCGUCUCUGGAUCUUUUGGUGGUCUUCUCGCGGCCGGAAUUAGUCAGAUGGAUGGGCUCGGAGGUCAUCCUGGAUGGGCUUGGCUCUUCAUUUUGGAAGGUAGUAUCACGAUUAUUUUGGGUAUCGCAUCAUUUUGGGCCAUAAAGGAUUUCCCUCACAGGGCAAAAUUUCUCUCUCCCGCCAAACGUACGCGCUUUAUCAAUCGUUUAAAUUCUGAUAAACAAGGUUUGGGAGAACGCGGAUCUCAAAAUGAAACCUUCCAAAUGAAAUAUCUCUGGAUAGCGGUAUCAGACUAUAAAACAUGGAUUAGUAUGGGCAUAUAUUCUGGUAUACUCAUGCCACUCUAUGCCUUCUCACUCUUCCUACCUUCUAUCAUCAACCAGCUUGGCUACUCCCCGAACGCAAGUCAACUUCUAUCGGUACCUCCCUAUGUUGCGGCUACUUUCUUGACAAUCUUCAUCGGCUGGUAUGGAGAUAGAACCCGACAACGCGGUUUCUGUAAUAUCUUCAUAUCAUUCCUAGGGAUAGUGGGUUUCGUAAUGCUUCUCGCAUCAUCAAAGCCUCGCGUCAAAUAUGCCGGUACCUUUCUUGGGGCUCUUGGGAUCUAUCCUUGCGCACCCAACACACUUUCCUGGAUCGCAAAUAACACUGAGGGUGAAUACAAGCGAGGAAUCGUGUUGGGCUUUGUAAUAGGUUGGGGUAAUCUUAGUGGCAUAGUAAGCUCGAAUGUCUACUUUAACGCUCCUGAUUACUCUGCAGGGCAUGCUACUGUUAUUGCCUUCAUGUCAGUAUUCCUACUAGCUGGUAGUGUGCUAUUGAGACAACUCUUACAGCGAGAAAAUCGUUUAAGAACAAAUGGUGAGAGAGAUAAGUGGGUAAUAGGACUGAGUCCAGAUUCCUUAAAAGACCUGGGCGACAAGCGACCAGACUUUUUGUACACUCUCUGA